CGCCGUCGCCAUAUGCAAUUUGUACAUUGUGAGCGACCCUAUUGUAACGCAAGGUUAUAUUAUCUUCAGUGGGUAUUUUAAAGUUAAAGUUCCGCAACAAAUAAACGCAAGUGGCGCAUUCGCAUAAAAGAUGAUUAAACUUUUUAAUUAAUAUUAAUACUGAUUAUUGUCAAUCUAAUUAUAUAUUUUAUUAACUGAGAAGAAAAGACUAAUUAAUCAUGGUACUCACUUGCUCGGCUGCUUUUUGUAAAUCAACUCAAAAUACAUUAAUUAAUGGAGAGAAGGUUCACUUUUUCUCUUUUCCAACUGAUGAAAAGCUAAGAGAACAAUGGAAUAAAGUAUGUAUAACUACAGCUAAGUCUGUAAAAUAUUCUGGAACACGAGUAAUAUGUCACCUUCACUUCAAUAAAUCUUGCUUUGAAACUAUCAGCAAGUUAAAGCCUGAUGCGAUUCCUACAGUUCAUUGUAGAAAAAAGAAAGCAGAAGCUUCUCUUGAGUCAAAUAAUAUUCCAAUGAAGCGUUCAGUGAUUAAUCUACCUGAAGUUAAUAAUGAAAUAAAAAUGAAUAGUGAAGAUAACAGUAUUCAAAGUGAUAGUUCAAUUCAAACCAAGCUCCAACCAUACCGCUUAAUUGUUGAAAUUGAGAAAUUCUUUCAACAGCCUUGUCCAAAGUCUAAAAAAAAUAAUCGAAAUAAAAUAAAUACCACAGUUCAAAAUAUUCUGAUGAAUCACUUAUCCAACAAAGAACAUAUUGUAUUAAAAGAUGAAAACCAAAAUCAUUUAUGUUUAGUUUGCAAAGAAACCUUUGAAACAGCAUCAGAGUUAUAUACUCAUUUGAAAGAACAUUUUACUUGUGAUAUAUGUGGAAUAGAAUUCUUAUCCCAAAUGUCAUACAAAAGUCAUUAUGAAAUGCAUCAAAGUAAAAAUGAAAGAUAUCCGUACAAAUGUCAUGUCUGCAAUGCUCUAUUUGAAAAGAAAGAGUAUAUCAAAACACACAAUCAUAUUAAAAAUAUGCAAAAAUUUGACAUUGUGGGUGAAAAUAGGAUUCAAUACUGUAAAUCGUGCCAUAUGACAUUUAGAGAUGAACCAACUUUCAGAAAACAUUUGAACUCGCAUGUUGAAGAAGCUACUCUGAACAAUCUCAAUGAACCUUCACGACUCUAAUAACUAUCACUAAAAAUUAUAAAGCUAUUUGAAAAUAUGCAAAAAAGAAUUUUCAUGUUAUUCCUAAUCGAUUUCACUACAUAGCAAGAUUAAUUUGAAAGAUAAAUUUUAAAAAUAUCAAAUGUCAAUGUAAUUAUUAAUUUAUUUUUUAUUUAAACUACAUAUAUUUCACAGUUUUGCAACAAAUGAUCUCAUUACUACAACCGAUGAUUGUAUUAUAAUAUCCGUGGUAAUAUUAAUUGUAGAAAUUAUAUUGAUAGUGAAUGAUAUAAAACGUAAAUCUGAUAUUUUUCUAAUAUUUUUGACAAUACAGGUAAUUUUUAAUUUUUAUUAAUAAAAUAGGGAUUCGUGAAAAAUUAUUUUAAGCAUAUUGAGAGUUUGUAAAUUAUGCUGAAUUUAACUUCAGUGUAUAUCCGUUAAAUGUAACAAAUUAUAAUUUUAUAAAUAAGAUAACUUUUAAAUCUAGUUCAAGUGUCUUCGCUUAAAAAAUUAUUUAUUACAACUAUGAAUGAAUCAAUCAUUGCGAAGUGAUACUUCCAAUACUUUCAGAGUAAUUAUUUAAUUAAUACGAUUUUCAAACUACAUAAUGCUAAGAAAUGAAUUAACGUUAAUUUUAGAAGUCAAUAAUUUCAUAUAUUA